AUGGAUGGCGCUAUACGUUCACGUUUUGGUCACUCAGUUGACGCCUUUCUUGCCGUUACAAACCAACAUGGCAGACUCGCUCAUGUACCAAGCGACACGGAACAAAGCGUAGAAAAAAAGCUGAAUCAAGCAUUUAAAAAUGCCGAAGAAAACGAUGUGCUUCUUUACCAAAAUAAAAUGGCACUCAAAGAAAGAGUUGCCAUAAUGCUAGGUCCAGUGCCAAAAAACGUAGAUAAGGAUGCCUUCUAUGAACGAGUCAUUAAUGCUGAGGAAUCCAGGCAGGUAAUACAUGGCAAGUGGAAAAUGUGUGAGAGUGAUAAGUUCUGGGACACCAUAAGUAGAGAAGAGGAAAUAGAUGCUCACUUUGAUGGCAUGAACCCAGCAACGCUCGAUGAUUAUGUCACAGGAAGAUGCAAUAUACAACCAGAGUUUAAAACGAAAUAUAUCAAGGGGCUAUUACCUAACGUUCCAGGAAAACAGACACUUUGGUACGAAGCUGCAGCACACAGCGCGGACAUCAGCGGCAUAACACACAAGAAAUCAAUCAUGCUUAUCAUGUUUGGUGGAGCUAUACCCUCGGAUAAACAGCUACGAGGAUGUGAUGGGAAACUAUCCCUCACAAAUAUCAUAGACUCCGUCCAUGACCUAAUGGUGACGGAUGAAGUUUUCACCGUAAAAACCGAUGACACUUCAAAACAAUGGGUACAUGUGGAAACCAAGAGUACACCUAGUCCUAGGGCAUUCCACGCUGCAACGGUCAUAUAUACCAAUCUUGCAACGCCAUUAUUAUGUGUCACAGGAGGAUUUGGAGGAAAACGUCUGGCAUUGGACAUGACGUUACACAUUCUUCCACUUCAAAGCAAUGCUAAUCAAAUGACAUGGACGUCACUCAAGACAGACGGUAAAAUGCCGAAACCGAGAUACGGACAUACUAUGGGUCAGGUGGGAGAGUACCUUACAAUAUUCGGUGGCACAAACGGAACCGAAAUAUUCAACGAUCUAUGGGUAUUUAAUUUGAACCGUAGCGAAGUGAACGUAAAUAGCGAACGAUCUUACAACGUCUGGAAGCGCGUGGAAGUUGGUGGCCUUGUACCACCACCGCGCUGUUUUCACGCUGCGGUGAAAAUUGGUAUCGAGGCUGAUAAUCCGAUCGUUGUAUAUGGAGGCGUUACAAUAGACGAUAGCUCGAGGGCUUAUGCUAUCAGACCUGAUAAAUCAGGAGAACUGAGAUGGAGCAUGCUGCCAAUUACAGUCAACGGACCUGCUGAAAGGAGGGCGUUCCACUCCAUGAUCUAUUACAACGGACAAAUAAUAAUUGCUGGAGGUGAAGAUUUUACAUCUGCUAUACCCACUGUUCACCAGUGUCUUAUCUAUAGCAUUGGCACCAGGGACUUUCAAUAUACGGAGGAGACGUUGCCACUGUCAGGGCACCGGAGCGUUGUAAUUAAAGGAAUCGUCUCACACUACGGUGGACUCCGAAGUGUUGCAUCGAGAGUAUUCCUAGAACCAAUAUCUGGACAGAGGGAUACCGUAGACACUUUGGAUAUACAAAAAUUCGCAGAAAGACAAUAUAUGGAAGAGAUACUUAAGGAAAUUGGACUUGAGGUGGCGAGUGGUCGGCCUGCUAACCAAAAUGAGCCAUGUGCAGACGCUGUCUGCGCAUUGAAGCCACAUGCUGUCAAUACAGAUACAGCGCGCGAUCCACUACGCGUGGGCGCUGCCCUGUUUAAAGGAAACUUACAGACCGAGCUUGCAGGAGAAAAUAAGAGGAGGCCGCAAGAAAUAUUGCAACAAGAGAACAACAAGCCAAUGCAUAAAAAUAAACUCAAAAGAUGGAUGGCGGAGUUCUAUAAGCAGGUACAUCCUGACGUAACACGACAUCUUAAAGAAGGGCUCUGUCAGCAAAACUCGAAUUCUGUCGCACAACUCAACUCUUAUCUCGACCAGUUGUACAAUCCAAGGGAGGCCAUCAACAAGGCCGAUAAAACUCUCGUAUUUCACAAAGUAGAUGGUACAUCUAUCUCUCUAAAACUAAGACCCCUAGGAAGUCACACGGAUGUCAAGAGUGUCGUGUAUGAUAUUAUCAACCAGGUGCGUCACCAAGAACACACUCAGGAUCUGCUAAGUGAUGUAGAUCAUGCACAGCCUGGCAAAGUGUCGUGGAGAGGAAUUCAAAAUGACAGCAAAAAGGAUUUAACACAUUUGUUUUACAAACAAGCCUUAGAUGCUGUCAUAGGCAGACAGAAUGAGAGCAGCGAUCCCGGGGAGCUCGCGAAAUGUGCCAAGUUAUACGAUCUUGGAGUAGACCCAAGGUUAAUAUUCUUUGACAAAAUGCUCACAGGAAAGCAAAGGGAAGAUUGUAUCAACACCUUACAAGCUGUUGCAAAGAAGAUCAAUCUACCUCAAACCUUAAUCAUCUUCACAGACCGGCGUAACGGUGAACCCAACGGGAAAGCGCUCAGAAUACCUACAGAUGUAAAUGUAACGGACAUGAUAAGAAUAAUUAUGCGAUAUUAA